GGAAGCGGGAGCGCGGCGGGGCGGGUGCGGAGAUGGCGCCGGCCGCGCUCUCGGGGGCGCUGCUGUCCGCGAUCUCCGGGCCGAUGUUGGCCGCGGUCGUCGCGCUGUUGGUGGCCGUGUGCGUGGUGCUGCCCUCCGCCCCGCCGCUGCGGCACCGCCUGCUCCGCGCCGCGCUGCUGCGGGCCUCGGGGUGGCAGCGGCGCCGCCUGGAGCUGCAGAGCACCGACGUGCGGCACGGGCAGGAGCGGCGGCUGCGGCGGCUGCUGCCCCCCGGCGAGGCCCCGGGGUCCGAAGCGUUCCGGGAGCGUCACCCGCCGAGCACGAGUUGCAAUGACGGGGAGCGAGCGGAGCCGCUGCCGCCGCUGAGCCUCUGGGCCGUGCUGCGGAGCUGCUGGAGAGCCGAGCCCGCGCUGCAGGGGGUCCUGCUCUACCUGCACGCCUUGCACCGCACCUUCCCGCAGGCGCUGACGCUCCGCGGCACGGCCCUGCUGGGCUGGGCGCCCACCGCUCCCCGCACCCCGGGCUUCUGCCCGCUGCCCACGCUGUACUGCACGCCCCCCGAGGCUGCCGCCCUGCCCCUGCGCUCCGCAGCCCUGCGGGUGCAGCUGCUCUUCGCCCUGCAGACGCGUGCGCUGCGCGUGCUGGAGGCCCGGCUGCCCAACGAGCUGCACGACGUGCUGGCGGCACUGCGGGACGGCUGGGCAGAGCUGGCCCACGACCUGGCGCUGGGCACGCUGAGCCCCCAGCCGGGGCUGCCCGAGGAGGUGCGGGGUCGGCUGCAGGCGCUGCUGGUCCCCGAUGGCACGCGGGCAGCAGAGCUGCGGGCUGAGUGUGAGAGGGGCUUCGAGGGCAUCGUGCGGCGCCUGUGGCCGCAGCUGCAGGUGGUGGUGGUGGGGACGGUGCGCGGCGGGGAGCGGCUGUACUACGAUGCUCUGAGCCGGGCAGCCUGCGAGGGGCUGCCCCUGUACUGCCCCUGGUACCGGGUGGCAGGAGCUCUGCUCGGUGUCAACCUGUGGCCAAAAGAGCCCACGCCUCGCUUUGUGCUGUGCCCAGAGUGGGCAUUUUGUGAGUUCCUGCCCUGCCCAGCCGAGGAGGAGGAGAAGCAGCACACGGUGCUGCUGGGCGAGCUUUGGGAGGGACGCGAGUACACACUGAUCCUCACCGCCCGGCCCAGGGAGUACAGGUGCCGUGCCGGAGAGGUGCUGCAGGUGGCCGGUUUUCAUAAGCAGUGCCCUGUGGUGGAGCCCGUGCGCAGGGAGAGCCAAGCGCUGAGUGUGCGUGGCGAGAGCAUCCCUGAGGAGCAGUUCUGCCGCAGCCUGUGCCGUGCCGUGGGCAUGUGGCCGGGUGCCCGCCUCAUGGACUACAUCUGCGUGGAGAGCACCUUGCUGGGUGCCUUCUCAGGGGCCAGUGCCCCCCAUUACGAGGUGUUCGUGGAGCUGCGGGGCCUGCGGGACCUGUCGGAGGGGCAACGCCACAAGCUGGACCACUGCCUGCAGGAGGAUUUCCCCAUCUACAAAUCGUUCCGCUUCAAGGGCAGCAUCGGGCCCCUGCGCCUGCACCUGGUUGGGGCCGGGGCCUUCGCGCGGCUGCGGGAGGCCAUGGGCCGCCCCGUCCCCAUGCCGCGGGUGCUGCGGGAGGAGCGGCUGCUGGCCGUCAUCCAGGGCACUGUUAUCUCCUAAGGGCAGCGCUGGGAUCGCUUGGUGUCACCCACCGGGCACCGAGUGGGACUGGGGUGAGGGCACCCGAUGGAGCCGGCAGAGCGUGACCGUGGCUCUUCUCAGGGCUCGCUUUGGGCACA